AUGGCUCUUUUGAGUUUUAUUGUUUUGUUUACUAUUUUAUGUUUUAUAUGGGGUGCAGCUAGACCUUAUAAAGCUGAGAUAACUGUUAAGUUGUUGCAAAGUAAUCGGAAUUUGGAUUGGGAAACGAGGUACAAGAUCGCGGUUGGAUCCGCACAAGGGCUCGCUUAUAUUCAUCAAGAUUGUGUGCCUGCAAUUCUUCAUAGAGAUGUUAAGUGCAAUAAUAUUCUUCUCGACUGCAAAUAUGAGGCUUAUUUGGUUGAUUUCGGGCUCGCGAAACUAAUGAAUUCUGCCAAUUAUCAGCAUGCCAUGUCACGGGUCACUGGAUCAUAUGGAUACAUCGCUCCAGAAUAUGGUUACACAAUGAACAUAACAGAAAAGAGUGACGUCUACAGUUACAGAGUGGUGUUACUAGAAAUCUUAAGUGGACGUAGUGCGGUCGAGAAUCGGGUCAGGGAGGUUUCACAUAUAGUCGAGUGGGUCAAAAAGAAAAUGGGCAGUUUUGAGCCCACAGUCACCAUACUAGACGCCAAGUUACAAGCAGGGGUGGACCUACCUUAG